AUCUCAUAAUCCAAGCCGCUAAAUUAGAGGGUCCCAGCUUAUCGGUAAUCAGUGAGGGAGAAGAGAAACUUCUCUUUCCACCCGUUUUUUCCUACUCGCUCUGUUGGUUAAAAUUUUGCUACGUAGGUGGUAGCUGGGAGACGAACGGACUGGGAUCAUCGAUUUGUUUGGCCGAAGAAGCGAGUCUCGAACCACAGCAGCACUCCAUUCAAUUGCGAGAAGAAGAAGAAGAAGAAGAAGAAGUAAGAAUGGAAUAGAAAAUAACUGAAAAGAGAGAGUUGGUUUGGAUCGCAUGGCGACAGUUACAGGAGUUGGAAUAGGUGUUGGUCUGGGGUUGAAGACAUCCACCAACACCAGCAUCUCAACCCAUUUUCUUUCUGGAAAGAAGAUAAAAAUCAAAUCCUCGGCGUUGGCGGGAAUUAAGAAGAAGAAGGAGGAGGAUAGGAAGGCAGCAGCAGGGGUGGUUGUUUGUGCUGCAGAAUGGGAGGAGAUGGCCCGCAAUCUCUUCCUUGGUGUAGGAGUGGGCCUUCCAUGCACAGUGAUGGAGUGCGGCGACAUCAUCUACCGUAGCACCCUCCCCCGAUCCAAUGGCCUCAACAUCACCCCUCCUGGUGUCGUUUUAGCCCUUGGAACCCUCUCCUACCUCUGGGCCACCCCUGGCGUAGCUCCCGGCUUCUGGGACAUGUUCGUCCUCGCCUUCCUUGAGCGGCUCUUCAGGCCCACCUAUAGGAAGGAUGAUUUCCUUCUAGGGAAGAAGUUAGGUGAGGGUGCAUUUGGUGUGGUUUAUAAGGUUUCUUUGGCAAAUAAAUCCUCUGCAAAGAAACAAGGUGAUUUAGUCUUGAAAAAGGCUACUGAAUAUGGUGCAGUGGAGAUUUGGAUGAAUGAGCGUGUAAGAAGGGCUUGUGCAAAUAGCUGUGCAGAUUUUGUUUAUGGCUUUCUCGAGAGCUCUUCUAAAGUGAAAGGUGGUGAAUAUUGGCUUAUAUGGCGUUUUGAAGGGGAGGAAACUCUUGCAGAUCUCAUGCUGAGUAAAGAAUUUCCUUACAAUGUGGAAACUAUGAUCCUUGGAGAGGUACAAAACUUGUCAAAGGGAUUGGAUAGGGAAAACAAAAUCAUUCAAACAAUCAUGAGACAACUUUUAUUUGCUCUAGAUGGACUUCAUUCUACCGGAAUUGUACAUAGAGACAUAAAGCCCCAGAAUAUUAUUUUCUCUGAAGGAGCUCGCACUUUCAAGAUCAUUGACCUUGGGGCUGCAGCAGAUUUGCGUGUUGGAAUCAAUUAUAUUCCGAAGGAGUUUCUAUUGGAUCCGAGGUAUGCAGCACCCGAGCAGUACAUCAUGAGCACACAGACUCCAUCUGCACCCUCAGCUCCAGUUGCAACUGCACUGUCCCCAGUGCUGUGGCAGAUGAAUUUACCCGAUAGAUUCGAUAUCUACAGUGCUGGGCUUAUAUUCUUGCAAAUGGCAUUCCCAUCAUUACGCACCGACAGUAGUCUCAUACAAUUCAACCGUCAGCUAAAGCGGUGUGGAUAUGACAUGGUCGAGUGGAGGAGAACUGUAGAAUCCCGUGCUGGCCCAGACCUUCGGAGGGGCUUUGAAUUGUUAGAUCUAGACGGAGGCAUUGGGUGGGAGCUACUCACAUCAAUGGUCCGGUUUAAAGCACGGCAAAGAACCAGUGCCAAAGCUGCUUUAGCUCAUCCAUUCUUCAACAGUGAAGGUCUAUUGGGUCUGUCUGUCAUGCAAAAUCUGAGGCUACAGCUCUUCCGUGCUACCCAGCAGGAUUACAGCGAAGCUGCUAAGUGGGUCAUUGGGCUUUUGGCAAGGUCUGGUACAAAGAAGGAAGGCGGCUUCACAGAAGCUCAACUGCAGGAGCUUAGAGAAAUUGAACCGAAGAAGCCAAGUGUCCAACGCAAUGCGCUUGCAUCUGCUCUUCGUCUUCGGAGGAAGAUCAUGAGGACACUGAAUGAGAGCAUGGAUGAACUAAAUAGGCAGAGGAAGAGCCUAUGGUGGAGCAGGUGGAUCCCGAGAGAGGAAUGAACAUGGUGUUAUUUUAUGUAGCAUGUUAUAUAUAAUUAAUUGGUGGAAAGCGAGGGCACUUAUUGUAAUUUAAAGGAGUUACAUGUAUAUAUCAACUAUGCUUUUAUGCUAAGAAAUGUAAUAUUAUCACCCAUUGCCGCA